AUGCAUUUCAAUAUAGCACUUACUUCGGCCUUUGUUGUCACCGCGUCUGCCUCCAUCAUCGGCACAGACCAUAACCCAUUAAUCGGUCCCUCCUUCCCAACCAACUUUGGUUAUUCUACCUCGAAACACCUCGAAGAUGCCAAAACCGAGUUCUCCAGCCGCCUUGAGCAGCUCUUCUCCUCUGGGAAGCUGAAUCAGACUGACCUCGUGUUUGCUGUGGAUGUCUUCUCUGCCAAUACCAACAGUUCUAUUUAUAGCAACUUUCAUGUUGGAGAAGGGCAAGAGAAGAUAUUGACAACAGGCGAGCUUAAUUCCGAUACAAUUGGUCGAUUAGGCAGCGUUUCCAAGCUCGUGACAGCCUAUGGGCUCAUUGCUGAGGCGGGAAUUGAAGUCUUCAGCCACCCUGUCACCAAAUACUUCCCGGAACUCCUCAGUAACUCGACUACCCCAAACCGAAUCAACUGGGAGGAAAUUACAGUCGGCGCACUUGCAUCGCAUCAAGCCGGUACUGGUGGCAUAGGCGACUAUUUCCGCAAAGUUGAAAGCGGUCUCGAGAUGACCGUUGAUACCUUUGUUGCCUUUCUCCGAGAUGAGAAGCGCCCGACUAUGUCAGCAUAUCGGAAUGCCCUCUAUUCAGACGCAGGAUACUCUCUGCUCGGUCACCUGCUGGGGAGAAUCACCGGGAAGAGUUACCCGGAAGCUAUACAACAGGUUCUCUUUGAUCGCCUCGGAUUAAACAGUUCUACAGCAUUUCCGCCAGCUCCUGGUCCUAUUGUAAAUGCCAUGAAUCGCACCCUAAUCGACAACAACUCAAGCUUCAAUAUUGACAGCCCGAUCACCGCAUCGUCUGGAGGUGUAUUUGGCUCCAUUUCUGAUCUUCGGAAAAUUGGCCUCUCAAUCUUAAACUCCGAAGUUCUCUCUCCUGCCACUACCCGAGCCUGGAUGAAGCCCCUGAGCGCUACCGGCAGUCUGGUUGAACUUGUUGGCGCCCCCUGGGAAAUCGCCCGUCUGACUAUCCCAGCUACGAUUGGCUCGAAUCACACUCGGGUGUCCGAUCUCUACACCAAGGCUGGCGGCAAUGGCGACUAUACCUGCAUCCUAGCCCUCUCGCCUGACCAUGGAAUCGGCUACACCUUCCUCAUCGCCGGCAGUACAGCCAGUACUGCGCGCUGGCCUCUGCGUCAAGCCCUUGGUGAGGUUUUCAUCCCAGCUGCGGAGCGAGCGGCGGCCGAGAACGCGGAGAAGAACUAUGCUGGAACGUUUGUGGAUACGAGUUCCGGAAACACAACCACAAAUAUGACCAUCACCUUUGACGCUGAUGAGCCUGGACUGGGUGUCAAGAGCUUCUACCUUGAAGGGAAUGACUCCCGCCAUCUUCUCAUGGGCGCGAGCAAGCCUUAUCCUGCCACAUAUCGCAUGUAUCCUACUGGACCUAGCGAGACUUCCCAGUCACUGGCGGAGCUGUAUAGAAGCGAGGGGACCAUUCGCGUGUCGCAGCGUGUCGUUUUGUACCUCUCCCCACUGGAGCCCCGUGCGGCAGCAUUGGGUGACGGAGGGCUAUUUGAGAACCAGCUUGAAUGGAAUAACGUUGGCUUCAGGGGUGCCACAGAUGAGCUUGUUUUCGAAAUCACCGAUGGGAAGCUCGCCAGCGUCACUGUUGUGGAUGCUGAAUUGUUCAUCGGUAAGCCAUUGGUUCUACACCGGCUGCAGUGA